CACGAGAUUCAGGACACUCUCCUUCCUCUUUUUUUUUUUUUCCUUAAAUUUCAUUAAUCAAACCAAAUAACAAUUCUCCUUUUUUUUUGUUGGAUAAUAAAAACCAAACUACUAUUAUUUGCAUUAGUAUUAUCCUAAUCUCAAAUCCCAAUUCGGUUCCUCAAUUUCCCCAUUUCCCAAUAUCCACCUUCCUGCUUGCUCCGUGGUUUCGUAUUCUUUGUUUGUUACUCAUUUGAAUUGGAUGAUUUUAUUAUUAUAAUCAUCAUCAUCAUAGUUCAAACGACAAAUCUGGCAACCCUUGGGGGUCUGAGGCCUCGCUUGUCGUUCAAGCAAGCUCAACCUGAAUAUCACGACGAAGACGACGACUGCAGGCCUUGGCGUUGCAGGUUUUCCAUGGCUUUCUCUUGGGGUUCCGCUCUCAGGAUCACCGUCCUCCUCCUCCUCUCCGCCGCUGUUGUUUUCGCUUUUUUGACUUUACCCAUUGAAAAGUAUUUAAAGGACUUCUUAGUUUGGGUUGACCAAGAUCUUGGGCCAUGGGGCCCUCUUGUGCUGGCUGUGGCAUACAUUCCUUUGACAAUCUUGGCUGUUCCAGCUUCAGUACUUACUCUAGGUGGUGGUUAUCUUUUUGGGCUGCCUGUGGGAUUUUUGGCCGAUUCUAUUGGUGCUACUCUUGGUGCAGGGGCUGCAUUUUUUCUUGGAAGAACUAUUGGUAAAUCAUAUGUUGUCUCAAAGCUGAAGGACUAUCCUCAAUUUAGUUCCGUGGCAAUUGCAAUCCGAAGAUCGGGAUUUAAGAUUGUUUUAUUGCUUCGGCUUGUACCUUUACUACCAUUUAACAUGUUAAACUACCUCUUAUCUGUGACUCCUGUUCCACUUGGAGAAUAUAUGCUGGCCUCGUGGUUAGGAAUGAUGCCAAUAACACUUGCUCUAGUAUACGUUGGAACCACUCUCAAGGAUCUUUCUGAUGUGACUCAUGGGUGGAGUGAGUUUUCAAAGACUCGUUGGGCACUUAUCGUGUUGGGAUUUGUGGUAUCUGUGGUUCUGAUGAUCUGUGUGACAAGAGUUGCUAAGACAGCGCUGGAUAAAGCUUUGGCUGAAAAUGAGGACAUUGACAGCAUUUUAGAGUCACCUGAUGAAUUGCCCAUUUCAGCUGAACCUCCUACAGAUCUCAACCAGCCUCUCUUAAUAAAGAUAGAUCACUCUGAAGAAAAACUUGAAAAUUGAAAAUAAUGUUAAAUUUUCUGUAAAUACUUGCCUGCCUUUAAGGGCCAUGAUUAAAUAUACUUUAUUUUGUCCAUUUUAUUGAUGUUGUACAGAUCUUACUGUUUAGAACUGUAGUUUUGAAUGAUAAUAGUUUGUUUUACAAUUAAAAAUGGUAUACUUAUAUCAUAUUAUACAUUUACCCUGCUA